AACAUCUCAGAAAAUCAAAUCUCAGCAUUCUUAGCUCAAGGCAUAUAUAUCCACUUCAUUCCACUCUUUUCCUAACAAUGGUCUUUCUGAACAAAACCACCUUGUUCCUGAUGCUCCUCACAUUAUGCAUUGUGCCAACCUUUGUACGAGGACAAGGUACGAGAGUAGGGUUCUACUCGAGUUCGUGUCCACGUGCCGAGGCCAUUAUUAGGUCGACGGUUCAGGCCCAAUUCCGGUCCAAUCCCACCGUGGCUCCAGGGCUGUUGAGGAUGCACUUUCACGACUGCUUCGUCCAGGGAUGCGAUGGUUCGAUCCUCGUCAAUGGGCCCAAUGCUGAGAAAACGGCACCUCCGAACCGUUUGCUGAGAGGAUAUGAAGUGAUCGACGACGCAAAGACCCAGCUCGAAGCUGCCUGUCCUGGCGUCGUUUCUUGUGCUGAUAUUCUUGCUCUUGCCACCCGUGAUUCCGUUGCUCUGACGAAUGGACCGAGUUGGGCUGUGCCAACGGGACGCAGAGACGGACGGGUCUCCUUGGCAUCAGAUGUUACAAAUUUGCCAAGUUUCGUCGAUUCAGUUGAUGUGCAAAAGAAAAAGUUUGCUGACUUGGGACUGAACACCCUUGAUCUCGUUGCUCUUGUUGGAGGGCACACCAUAGGAACUGGAGCUUGCCAGGUCUUCAAGUACAGACUCUACAACUUCACCACUACUACCUCCAGUGGAGCUGACCCCUCCAUUGAUCCUUCCUUUGUUUCUCAACUCCAGUCUCUGUGUCCACAAAACGGCGACGCCACGAGACGCGUCGCCCUCGACACCGGCAGCCCUAACCGUUUCGACACAUCCUUCUUCGCGAACUUGAGGAGCGGGAGAGGAGUUCUGGAGUCCGAUCAGAAGCUAUGGACCGAUGCCUCCACGAGAACCUUCGUGCAGAGCUUCCUGAACGGCAGCGGCCCGACCCGGAUGGACUUCAACGCGGAGUUUGCUAGAUCGAUGGUGAAGAUGAGCAACAUCGGUGUGAAGACGGGGUCUGAUGGUGAAAUUAGGAAGAUAUGCUCCGCCAUUAAUGCAUGAUUCAGAUCAUCGGAGACUAUCGUAUCGAACUUCAGUAUUGCAGGGUUAUACGUUGGAACCGACGUAAGCUGACACAUGGCGCGUCCUAUUGAUUUUAGAAGUGGAUAGGUUGACUCAAGAUAUAGAAAGAAAUACGCAGUACUUUCUCAUUUCAAUAAAAUUUGAUGGCUAUCGUCUCCAAAAUGAAA